AUGGCUAAUAUUCCCCCUCCGCUCUCUCUCCCAGCGCGCCCUAGUCGGCCAGCUUUGUCGACUUUCAACCUCCCCUCUUCCGACUCGUCAGAUGCCGAAGACGAUGUCCCCUUGCCAUUCCCGGCUGCCCUCCCCCGAACCGACUUCUUAGCAACCGAAUUUCAACCUGCAGAAUACCUAUCAGCUCUUCCCCAUCGCCACCAGACCCUAGAGGAUCUGCGCUCCGACCUUCGCGAGCGAACAGCAACAAUCAGCACCGAGCUCCUGGAGCUGGUCAACUCGAAUUACACGGCGUUUUUAUCAUUGGGCUCAGAGCUUCGAGGAGGCGAUGAGAAAGUAGAGGAUGUCAAAGUUUCCCUCCUUGGGUUUCGAAGAGCCGUCGAAGAAGUAAAGGAAAAAAUCUCAGAGCGCAGAAGAGACGCAGAGUCGCUUACGAAUGAAUUGCGAGAUGUACGAUCAGAUAUUGAGCAAGGACGGGCAAUGUUGGAAGUAUCGGAGCGACUAUCUACUCUAGAGGAAACGCUGGCAUUAGACAGCUUGCCCAAGAAGGAAGCUGCAGAGUGGGACGAUGAUAGUGAGGAGGAUGAAGAGCUUGAAGCAGAGGCCGUGGAAGGAUUGAUAGGAAGCCCCCCCUCACAACUACUGGCCUCGGCCCGUGAGUGUAGCCAGAUCGGGGCUCUGAUUGGAAAACUGGACGAGAAGAAUGCGUUUGUUGCCAAACUGAGAGCGCGGCUGAUGAAAUGCCGGAACACGCUUCUUCUGGACUUGAACAAUGCCCUCAAAGAAGCUCGAGCUGCCGGGACAAAAGGCCAGGGCCGAGUUUUGGGCUAUCUUGGUGUUUACAGGGUCCUUGAUGCGCAGGGUGACGCGGUCAAGGCUCUUCGCGGAAGAUGA